UUUUUUUUUUCUUUUUCGUUUUAAUAUUAUACAGUUUUCUUUUUCGAUUUUGUAAAUAAAUAUUUGCGCGUACAAUAAUACAUUUUAGCUAUAAAAAACUAUUUAUACUUUAUAGUAUGGAUAACAGCCAUAAUAAAUAUCCCUUAAAUUUAACUCAUCAGGAACAGCGAAUAUUCUCAGAAGAACAAGUGCAAAAAGAUGAACCGCAACACUCUGAUCAACAACAAAAUAAUAAUAUUUCAGACUUGCUUGAUUUCUUUACAACCCUCGAUUCAACAAAUGCUGACCAAAGUUUUAUUUUCCCUUCUGAUAAAAUUAUUACAGAUCCAUUUUUUAAAAAUAAAAAUAUAAUCGAUAGUCUAUUACAUACUGAACAAAUAAAAGGCGAUUCUUCCUUUUUUGAUGCUACCGCCAUGGCUCAAUUGAUGAUGAAUACUCACAAUCAUACUGUACUCCAGCCACAAAAUCCUGCUAUUUUAUUCGAUGAUAAUAUGAACAGCAUAUUCUAUAUAAAUGAAAAUACAACGGACAAAAACAUUGACGGUUAUAAUGAUGCCAAUAUGACAGACAUAAUUAAUGCUGACCAAUAUUUACUUCAUGGACAAACAUCUCAUCUUAAUUUUCAUCAGGAUACUAGUGACGACAUACGUAUUUCUUGUAAUCCUUCACAUAAUAAUCCUGAGCAACUACAACAACAAUCAAGAGGAGAACAAGAUGUUUUUGAUGAACUUAUUUCUCUUGCAACAAGUAGUAAUGAAAAAGAUGAAACAUUGCAAACUAUAAAUUCGACAUGGCAGCACUACAAUCAAUCAUAUCCUUCUUUUAAAAAUAAUUCGAAUAUCAGGUCUAUGGAAACAUUAGAUAAGUCCAUAAAAACUGAAAAAGGAAAGGAAUCUGAGCUCACUAAAAAAUAUUAUAUGCCUCCAAAACCGUCUACUAAUGUAAAUAUUAAUGAUCUAUCCAAAAAUGAAAUAAAACUAUUUACUACUACUAGUAGUACUGUCAUUAAGAACAAUUAUCUAAUGGAAAAUAAUGAUAGAAUAUAUGAACUGGAUAUUGUUCAACAACCUUUAAGAGCUAGAAUGUGUGGUAAUGGUGCAAAAGAUAGAAGACCUAUAACACCUCCACCGAUACUCAAAUUGACAGUAAGAAAGGAAUCCGGAGAAAUUACUAGUCCAGAAACAAUUGAUGUAUCAUUUCUCAUUGUUAUGUGUGAUUUUUGUCAAAAAAGUGGACCGAAUAUAAAUGAAACAAGUAACUCCAAAAAACAAUCAUCAAAUGGGUUUAGUCAAGUUGUUUAUUUUCCAUUAUCUACUUUUGAUUCAGGGAGCAAAGAAAAUUAUAACACCUUUAGAUUGAGGAGCUUAGCUGGAUCUUUAGUUUCUUCAGCUAUUAAAUUAUACGAUACAGAUGGAGAACUUGGGAUUUAUUUCAUCUUUCAAGAUAUAAGCUUAAGAACAGAAGGUACAUUUCGAUUGAAAUUCUCUUUGAUAGACAUAGGAUUACCUUAUAUACGUACUGUUAACACAUCUACUGUGUCACAUGUACUGAAAGUGGUUGAAUCAGAGCUUUUUACAGUUUAUACGGCUAAAAAAUUUCCUGGUGUUGUUCAAUCAACUUCGUUAUCAAAAUGUUUUGCUCGUCAAGGAGUUAAAAUGCCUAUUCAUAAAGAAAAUACUCAUUCAAUAAAAAAACGUUCUACAUCAUCCAAUGGUAAUGAAAAUAAUGAAGCAGUUGUAUUAGAAGAAGAAGUGCUGCGGGAAUAAUGCGCUUCAUGUUAUCAAUACUGCAAGAAUAAUACACUUUAUAUCAUCAAUCGCUUUUUGAUAAUUUAAUAAAUAUUUUAAUAAAUCAAAUACUUUUUUUUUAUUUGACCUGAGUAACGUUUAAC